CCAUAGAUUUCUUUCUUAAUCCUGAAGGCAGGCAGCCCAAACACGAACAGGUCGUAGACCCCCCCAAACCCAAACCGAAAUCCCCACGCCGGUACGCCUUCCUCCUCCUCCCUCUCCUCGCCGCCCUCAUCAAUCCCGAACGAGGCUAGGGUUUCCGCCCGCCGCACCGCCAUGGGCUCCAGCAAAGGCUCGCCCCCGCCCUCCGCCGCGGGGCCCUCGUCGGCCGGGAAUGCCCCCGCGCCGGUGGGGCCGGCGCCGAGGCCGCCGGAGGUGGCGCCGUUCCUCACCAAGGUCUACGACAUGGUCUCGGACGCGGCGACCGACAAGGUCAUGUCGUGGACGGACGCCGGCAACAGCUUCGUGAUCUGGGACGCGCACGCCUUCGAGCGCGACCUGCUCAGCCGCCACUUCAAGCACCGCAACUUCAGCAGCUUCAUACGCCAGCUCAACACCUAUGGAUUUCGUAAAGUUGACCCUGAUAGAUGGGAGUGGGCCAAUGAAGGGUUUCUUAGGGGCCAAAAGCAUCUUCUGAAAAUCAUUAAGAGAAAGAAGAGACCUCAGGAAGCAGGUCGUGAGUUAGAGAAGGCACCUGUCAAAGCUGCACCUGGUACUGAAAAUAUUGAAAUAGGAAGAUAUGGCGGGCUUGUAAAGGAGGUGGAAACCCUUAAGAGGGAUAAAUCUCUUCUCAUGCAGCAGCUUGUGGAUCUCAGGCACUACCAGCAAAGCUCUAACCUUGAAGUCCAGAGUUUGAUUCAACGCCUUCAAGUAAUGGAACAGAACCAGAAGCAGAUGAUGGCACUUCUAUCAAUCGUUGUCCAGAACCCUAGUCUUCUCAACCAGCUUGUGCAGCAGCAGCAGCAGCAGCAGCGCAGGACCAACUGGUAUGAGGAUGGAAACAAGAAAAGGAGGUUCCCUGCUCUAGAGCAGGGUCCAGUAACUGAUUACGAGACUUCUGGCGCAGGGACCGAAAUUAUUCAGUAUCGGCCUCCUGCCCCUGAAACUUCUAGCCAAGUAAUACCAGAUGAAGCAUUUUUGUCGGCCACCACACAACCAAUCUCAAGUCCCGCACUUAACAUGCCCAUGGACAUUGACACUCAAACGACGUCGGACAACCUCAACACACAAGGUUCAUCAGGGGACAUUUUUGCUGACAUGCCUGCUCUACCAGACUUUGAUGACAUGCAUCUGUGGUUUGGCGAAGACGGGGAACCUACUUUAACUAUUCAAGAUUAUGAUGAGUCUCCACAGUCAGAGCAGGACUGUCAGAUGGAAGCACAGCAUAACUACAAUAACCCUCAACAUGCUGAUGUCAUAACUGAAGCAUAGGUGGUGGUCUAGGAGCACAUCGGGCAGCAACAUUACUUUAGCUUCUGGGUGAUCAAAAUGUGGAGGCAUGAUGAUGCGUGAGGUGGGCGCCAUUGGCAGCGAAAACGGCAUCUGUGCUCAGAGUCAUCAGUGUCAUAUAGCAAUGCUCGAAAGACAUUAACUGUCGUUGACUAUACAGGAUUCUUUUGUUGUUUUUCGGGCAUAGGACAGGGAUUUCUUGCGCGACCCUACUCUCCUUGUCCUUACAGUAGAAUAGCCAACAACUGAAAUUCACUCGCUCGGUGUAUAUGCUGUUGUGUUUUGUAAAUGUCAACCUGUCAUGUACGUUCUGUGAAUUUCCAGCGAAAUUGUAAUGUUCCAUUGACAUUUAUGAAGUGGUUUUCUAUUA